AUACAGCACCCCCUCGUCUUGAGGCACAGUCUCACCUGAAGAACUCAGGUGUUCGGUAGUGUACUUUUUAACGUCAACUUUGUUCGUUUACUAAACUACGUGCUACCAUGCGAAACAAACCCAUCUUUGGUUUUUACGGUUCGUGGGCACGUUUUCGGAAUGGCAAGGGUAGAUGCGAUGUGGAUGACAUUAAUCCACAACUCUGCACCCAUGCUCUUUACGCGUUUGCCCAAGUGGACCAUAGCGGAUCAAUUGAGUGUACGGAUGAAGACGGAGAUGCGAUGCAUCGUUUCAACAGUUUGCGCGAUCGAAAUUCGGGCCUGAAGACGCUCAUAUCCGUCGGUGGUGCGAAUAAUGGUGGUUAUGCGUUUUCCACUGUGGCCGCUAGACCACAACUAAGGGAAACUUUUGCCCGAAAUGUGGUCAACUUUUGCGAUACCUAUGGUUUCAAUGGUGUCGACAUCGAUUGGGAGUUUCCUGCGACUGCAUCCGAUCGGGGCAACUUUGUACAGCUGCUGGCCGCACUAGCGUCCAAGAUGCACGGUAGACUGAUCCUAACCACUUCCGUCGGUGUGAAUCGAGAGUAUGACGUGGCCGGUAUCGCCCGCCACGUGGACUACAUCCUUCUUAUGACGUACGAUUAUAAUGGUUCGUGGGACAGCUAUACGGGCCACAAUGCGCCACUAUCUUGGGGACGGGUAGAAUCGGACUACCAGAAAAAGCUGAACGUGAAGGAAAGUGUUAGCUACUGGGUAAGUGGCGGUGCCCCACGUUCGAAGCUGAUCGUCGGAUUAGCUGCCUAUGGGCGUACGUUUACACUGCGCAAUAGCGGUAGCUGCGGAACUCGGGUAGUCGCAACAGGUGCUGGACGUAAGGGACCAUUCACAGGAGAGGCCGGAACCCUCGCAUACUACGAAGUGAAGGACGCGUUUAGUUCCGGGCGCAUAUGGGACAGUGAACAGUGUGUGCCGUACGCGGUAUCGGGCGAUCAAUGGGUUAGCUACGAUGACCCGCAAAGUAUUCGGCUGAAGUGUGAAUAUAUCAACAGCGAAGGUCUCGGUGGGGCAAUGAUGUGGUCAAUCGACCAGGAUGAGUUCCAGGAAGAUAGAUUCACACUGCUGCGCACGGUAGCACAGUGUUUGUAGCUAAAUGUUGCAAUCAAACUAAAAAAAUGUAGCAAAAUCUAUUCCCUUACCUAAUAAACAUUUUUAGAAAAGAACAAA